GCUCGCGUGUCAAGGCUGACGGUUGUCAGACGUAUAAAAGGCAGGAUGCAGCUCUUCCUCCCUCUUAUCGCACGAACGUAACGAUCAAUCCCGUUUAUUCGCCAUGCAACUUACCGCCGCUCUCCUCGCUACCCUCGCUCUCCUUUGCACUGUCUUCUUCAACUUCGCGCAGGCCGUCCCGCUUACGCCCUCCCGAAACGAUGCCGAAGCCUGCGCAAGCCUGACAGAUUGCGACUCUUGUGUUCACGCGAGUCGUUGUGGGUUCUCCCUUGACACGCAAAGUUGUGCCUCGAAGAACGACCACGCUGGGAGGCUCGCAACAUCUGCGACUGAAUGCAAGAAGGCAGUCGCUAUCCAUGCCGCACGAGAGUGGUAUGUCGCCGCGAGAGCAGAUGCGGAGACGCGCGUCCUGGAUCGCCGCAGCACCAAAGCAUAUCAAUGUCCGAACUGCGCCCAACAGUGCGCUUCGUUGGCUACCUUGAAGCGCCAUAUGGCUCACGGUUGUCCCGGUCCCCAGCGGUGAACGCGAGGUGUACAGAGUUAAUCAUUCAGUUGGAUUGGCU